GAGCGCAUACUACCAGCUGUAAAAGUGAUAAGAAAGACUGAAAGCAGAUCAAGCGAAGGUGUCGUCACUUUACGUUGCCACACCAUUACAACUCCCAUGGUAAUACUGCAAAAGAACUCCACCUCUAGAAACCAAAAACAAGUUUUCAUUUUAUACUGGAGUUUCAAUGGCUUCAGGGAAAGAAAGCGAUGGACUCGACAAUCUUGCAUUUGAUAUGGAUGAACAAGUCAAUGAUCAACCCAGAGGAAAGGAGGGAAAGACAUGUGGGAGCAGCUGUGUAGCAGAGGAAGACAGAAAUAAACCAACCUAUUGUGUGACUGAUGUCCCCCCCUGGUGCCUUUGUAUUUUCCUGGCCAUUCAGCUGUCAGUGAUUGGAAAUGCAAUCCCUCUUUGCCUUGUAUCAACCCAGAAAAAGAUGACAUAUGUGCAUUACCUAACAGCAUUCGGUGGGAUCAUCUCCAUCCCACUCAUUCUCUCCGAGGGGCUGUGUCUGCAGCACGACAGCCUGACCCAGAGUCGUCUCAUUAACACCAUUUUCUUCGUCUCUGGCCUGUGCACCCUGCUGCAGGUCACCUUCGGUGUCAGGCUUCCCAUCCUACAGGGGGGUACAUUUGCUUUGCUGACACCUGCCAUGGCCAUGUUGUCCAUGCCAGAGUGGAAGUGCCCAGACUGGACCCAGAACGCCACCCUGGUCAACACCUCCUCACCUCUCUUCAUUGAAGUGUGGCAGACCCGCAUGAGAACACUGCAGGGCUCUAUCAUGGUGGCCUCUCUCCUCCAGAUCCUGGUCGGUUUCUCUGGCCUCAUCGGCUUCCUCAUGCGCUUCAUUGGCCCCUUAACCAUUGCCCCCACAGUCUCUCUCAUAGGCCUGUCACUGUACGAUUCAGCUGGAAUCAAGGCUGGCAGCCACUGGGGCAUCUCUGCUAUGACCACCGUGCUGAUCACCUUAUUCUCCCAGUACCUCCGUCUCAUACCAAUCCCUGUUCCUGCAUACAGCAAAGCCAAGAAACUGCACACCUCCAAGUUAUUUAUCUUUCAGAUAAUGCCUAUCCUGCUGGGCAUUGCGGUUUCAUGGUUAGUCUGCUACCUCCUCACCAUCUAUGAUGUCCUACCAUCUAAUCCAGCCCAAUAUGGCCACCUGGCUCGUACUGAUGUGAAGGGUAAUGUGGUGAACGAGGCUUCCUGGUUCACAUUUCCAUACCCUGGUCAGUGGGGCAUGCCAACUGUGAGCCUGGCAGGUGUGUUUGGCAUUAUGGCUGGAAUAAUAUGCUCCAUGGCAGAGUCUGUGGGCGACUACCAUGCAUGUGCCAAGCUGUCAGGGGCCCCUCCUCCCCCCAAGCACGCCAUCAUCCGGGGCAUUGGUGUUGAAGGGCUCGGCUGUUUGUUGGCAGGGGCCUUUGGCACAGGCAAUGGAACUACUUCAUUUAGUGAGAAUGUGGCUGCCCUGGGUAUCACCAAGGUGGGUAGCCGAAUGGUGAUUCUUCUGAGCGGAGUUUUCAUGAUUUUGAUGGGGAUUCUGGGUAAAAUUGGAGCCAUCUUUGCAACCAUCCCCACCCCUGUGAUUGGAGGGAUGUUCCUGAUCAUGUUUGGAGUCAUAACUGCAGCAGGAAUUUCUAAUCUGCAGUCCACAGACAUGAAUUCCUCCAGGAAUAUAUUUGUUUUUGGGGUUUCCAUGUUUUCUGCACUCGUCAUUCCGAACUGGAUAAUGAAGAAUCCUGAUUUCUUCAAAACGGGUGUUACCGAGGUAGACCAAGUGUUACACAUAUUGUUGACCACCCAUAUGUUUGUAGGAGGGUUUCUUGGCUUCUUCCUAGAUAACACAAUUCCUGGGACCAAACGUGAGCGUGGCCUCUUAGCCUGGGACAAAGAACAUCUUGAAGACUCUAGCAACACCUUGGGAGUUGAAGAGGUGUAUGACCUCCCCUUUGGCAUAACCUCUUACCUCUCAUCCAAAUCUUGGGUUCGUUACAUUCCUUUCUGCCCACGGAAGGGCCACAGAACUCAGUACACAUCUGAAGACAACAAUAUGUCACAGGGCCGGGGGAGUGAGCAACUGCCUAACAGCACAGAGGUCGUUGAUGAAUUUGCUCUAUAAGGUCUGAAGUAGAGGUGGCAUAAUAAAAUAAAAUAAUAAAAAUCG